GCCGACUCAAAGAGCCGACUCGUCGGGGAUCGACACAUCACUCUUUUAAAUCUCACCUACAGAGUCCGUGUGUGUUUCUGAGUUAGAAAGGCAGGAUGGGAUGCAACUCCAGCACACACACCACGGCACAAGACACAACACAGUCAAACUCCAAAUCAGACUCCAAUGGAGCCAGUACAGUUGGAACAGCUGUAGAAAAGGCAGAGAAUGAUCUGGAUAUUGAUUGUGGCGCAGAAGCAGGUGAGAGCUCGGAGGCUCCAGAGGCCAAGUCCGAGUCCAACACACUACACACUGCGACAGAACCAACACCAGCGGAAGACCAAGCUGAAGCUCCAGCAGCAGGCCAGCCUGAAGAAACUGGACUAGAGGAGGCACCGGGUCAGUGAGAUUUCUGCAGGCGAAUCAAAUGCAUUAUUUCUGAUCUUGUUUCCAUUGGUAACUCCUGUCUUUCAUAUUCAGGCCCUAGAAAUGAACUCUGAAGCUCACAGACAGCAUAGCUUUAUUAUUGGAAAACCUGGAAAAUGUCACAUUCACUACACACAGGCAAACUAAAAUAUUGUAGCUGUAUGUAUUUAAGCAAAAUGCCAAGAGAAUGGAAAAUUGUUUGUAAAUCUCCCUACACCUUUAUAUGUAAGGAAUAAAAUACUUGGGGGGUGUGCUGUUAUAGGAAAAUAAUCACUGAUGGGGGUGUGUGAUGUGGCCUGAUGCUUGGAUUGGAUUAUUACCAUUACCAUCCUGAUAACAACAUAUCCCAAAGUGUUUUAUUCCUUCUAUACAACAAUGAUUACAUCUGUGCAACAGGUUCCUAUUAUCACCUGUUAUAGCCGCUAUAAACAGCUGUUCCUUCACCUGCCUCUUUUUUUUAAUCUCUUGAAGUUAAUAAGACAAAAAAAAAAAAAAACGCAGCUUGUCAUGUUACCAAGAAACCAGAAAGUCCUUUCCCAUGGCGGAAAACUGUUACAAAGUGCGGAGACUCCUUGCUGGGACUGGAGACUCCUUACAUAAAUGUUUAGUAAACUUUUCUGUACAAAAAGCUUAAUAAACGAUGUUGCUUGUA